UGGCUAUACGCAUUGAAAAUGCCAUGCUUAGUCAAUACGACAAAGAAUUUUACCUUGUAGUUGACGUUACAUCAAGUACGGUGUUUUUGAAGGGAGCAAAAGAUAUUAUUGUGAAACUUCGUCAUAUACCAGAAUAUUUUGUUGUAUCUGAAGAUUGUAGUCAGAUUCUUGACAUUCCACCGAUUUCUCCAUCUGAAUUAAGUCAAAAUGACGAAAAUUCACCCACAACAACUCCUGAAACUCUCACAAUCAACAACAGCUAUAGUCCCACAUUAGGAUGUGAUAAAGAUACAAGUACAGACUGUGUGGACAGCGAAGAGGACAGCAUGUUCCAGCCAAGAUUUCAAAGUACGCAGAAACUAAAACGCCUGAGAGUGGACAAAUAACAUAUUCAAUCAAGAGAGACAGAGCUAGUGAU